GCUGAACAUUUCAGAGCCACCAGAAUGCUUCUGCUUUUGACUUUCCUGGCUCUCGGAGCUGCCGACGUUGGUGCCAUUGCCUUAGAAAGUCCCUUGAAGAGACUGGUGGCAGAGACCUUGACCCUGCUCUCCACUCAUCGGACUCUGCUGAUAGGCGAAGGGAACCUGAUGAUUCCUACUCCAGGACAUACAAAUUACCAACUAUGCAUUAAAGAAGUCUUUCAGGGGGUAGACACAUUGAGGAAUCAAACUGCAGAAGUGGAUGCCGUGGAAAAACUCUUCCAGAACUUGUCUUCAAUAAAAGACUACAUAGAUGGCGAAAAAAAAAAGUGUGAAGGGGAACGAUUGAGAGUAAAAAAGUUCCUCGACUACCUGCAAGUAUUUCUUGGCGUGAUAAACACUGAGUGGACAAUGGAAAGCUGAGACUCAACUGGCUUGUUGUAGCGAUAAAGGAUGUUUUAUUGCCACGAGAAUGAGGGCCAAUCAAGGGCAGGGCCUUCCUCUUCAGUUUAAUUAAGCUUCUGAGGCAAAGUAGCAGCAUUUCAGGCAUACUGCUGCUUCACUACCUCGUCUAGGCAGAAAGCAUCAAAACAAAAUGUCCUAGGUAUAUUCCAGAGACAGGAAUCAGGGAAGUAUUUUCCUCCAGUUCGCUCCAAACAAAACGGAUGUAUACUUUUUAUCUUAUUUAAUGCAACAUUCUGUAAAAUGUCUGUUAACUUAAUAUUAUUUAUGAAAUGGUUAAGAAU